GCCGCUUGGGUUCGUGGUAGGCGCCUCAGCCUUCAAUGCCAGUUGGCUGUGCUGGUCACGGCAGGCAAGGCGUUCUUCAGCUGGAAACCUGCUCUUUCAGACCCAUCCUCAACCUCCCCGCGUGCCGCUUCGCUGUUCUUCACUUCAUACAACUCUUCCAACUCCACAGUCUUUGGCUACACCAUCCUUCUCCCCUCGCUCAGGCUAAGAGCGACCGCCUAGACCUUAUUUGCACUCCCCAUUCCUCAAACUCUGCUUUACAACCAACCCGCCCGAAUCCAAGUGGGCCAUAAGCGCUUGUGCAGCUAGCUGAGCUCUACCUCUCGAUGGCGUCUGACCAGCGGCCCCUUCGCCUUCUCUCGUUUGAUGGUGGAGGCGUUCGCGGUCUCUCCAGCCUGCUUAUUCUGCAGCGUAUCAUGCACGUACUGGAAAAAAAGGCUGGAUUGGAAGGGGAACAGCCGCCUCGGCCAUGCGAAUACUUCGACAUUAUUGCUGGAACAUCCACCGGCGGGCUGAUCGCUAUUAUGCUUGGUACUCUUCGCAUGAGCAUUGAUGAUGCCAUAAAGUCCUAUAUGGACUUUGCGCCAAAAAUAUUUCCUAAAGAAGGCUUUGCCUCAGGGAAUUUCGCGAGCAAAUUUAUCAAAGCAGUGAGUGGAAAGGCACGAUUUGAUGCGACUGCCUUGGAAGUGGAGGUCAAGAAAUUGGUCCGAAGUCACUUGGCGCCUUUGGGGCUAGACGAGAAUGCAGUGUUCGAUAAGAUUAGCUGGUCUGAAGAAAGCUCUUGCAAUGUUAUUGUUUGCGCCGGCGUUCCCGACGCUGGUAGGGCAGUUCGGCUCCGAAGCUAUUCCAGUCGAUUGGAGUCAAGUAAAGGGUGUACAGUGUGGGAGGCGGCUCGAGCCACAUCAGCUGCACCCUUAUACUUUGAUCCUAUCUCGUUCGGUGUUCCUCCGAUGAAGUAUAUCGACGGUGCCCUACGCUACAAUAAUCCGGUCCGAGUCCUCUACGAUGAGGCAAAGAGUGAAUGGCCUGACCGGCCUAUCGCCUGUAUCAUCAGUAUAGGUACUGGGAAAUCCCCUCCAUCUUCUGGAGGACCACGAUUAGACCAACUCCUGAAAAGUAUGAAGGACAUUGUCACGGAUACGGAGCAAACUGCCGUAGAUUUCAGCAAUGACAUUCAUCAUGAACCUGUCGAAACCAGGCCACACUACUUCAGAUUUAAUGUGGAACAAGGUCUGGAAGCUGUUGGACUGGAGGAAUGGAAACAUUUUGACAAGCUAACGGCGUUGACGACUGUGUAUCUUGAUGGGAAAAGACAAGAAAUAGAUAAAUGCGCUCAGGAACUGCUCUUUGUGGUUGGUAACCUGAGUAGGUUAAAGAAACCGAAAGAACUAGAAUGGACUCCAGAGCAAUCUGAUUGUGUGCAACUGCUCCGCACCUCGGAUUACGAACGCCACAAAGACAGGAACCCUGAUCGAGUUAAAGGGACUUGUCAGUGGUUCCUAGAGCACUCCCACUUCCAAAAUUGGUAUCAGAAUAAUACAUCAAGCCUACUUUGGGUAUCGGCGGAUCCCGGUUGCGGCAAAUCAGUUCUAUCGAAAUCUCUCGUGGAAAAUGAGCUGAAAAGUACCGACUCACGUACUAUUUGCUACUUCUUCUUCAAAGAUGACGACGACAAACAAAAAAGCGUAACCCACGCACUUUGCGCUCUACUACAUCAGUUAUUCUCGCAGAGAAAGCCUCUCAUCAAGUACGCCAUCCCGAAUUACCAAAGUGAAGGAAAACGACUGCCUCAAUCAUUUCAAAACUUAUGGACGAUUCUUAUAAAGGCCGCGACCGAUCCUCAAACCGGCGAAGUUGUUUGCAUUUUGGAUGCUCUUGAUGAAUGCGAGGAAUCUGGUCGAAACGAACUGAUCAAAGUUUUGAAUCGUUUCGAGGAUGAUAUCUCUUAUUCCCGGGGAAAACAAUCCAAAUUGAGAUUCUUGGUCACCAGCCGUCCUUACCACGAUAUCGAACGGAAGUUUGCGCUCUUAACGAAUAAUAUACCUACCAUCCGAUUGCGUGGUGAAAUGGAAUCGAAGACGAUUAGCCGUGAGAUUGACCUUGUUAUCCAAUGGAAAGUUCCGAUACUCGGAGUCGAAUUAGAGCUCAACGACUCCGAACAGUCAACUCUCGAAAGCGAGCUCUUAAGCAUGACUCACCGGACUUACCUCUGGUUAAAGCUUAUUCUCGAUGUAAUCUACAACGAAAUAGGCCUUACCAAGAAGAAGCUGAAGCAGAUUACUGGCAGCCUUCCUGACACAGUAGAUAAGGCUUACGAGGCGAUUCUAUCGAAAGUUCGGGAGAAGAAGCGCGCACGGAAACUUCUUAGUAUUGUUGUCGCAGCCGCCAGACCACUCACGUUGAAGGAGAUGAACAUUGCUCUUGCUAUCGAAGAUGACCAUACGUCCUACAAAGACCUCGAGCUGGACCUCGACGACGAGACACGAUUCAAAGACACCGUUCGACACCUCUGUGGACUUUUUGUUAGCGUUAUAGAUCAAAAGGUCUAUUUAAUUCACCAGACAGCAAAAGAGUUUCUCCUUGCGCAAAGCGAAAUAUGUAGCGGAGUAUGGAAACACUCUAUCAAGCCGGCCGAGUCAGAGCUUAUCGUCGCACGAACGUGUAUUACCUAUCUCCUUUUUACUGAAUUCGGCAGUAAUUUCGAUACAAGAGGAAAAUCACAGACUGAAAAAGAUCUCAAAGUCAAAGCAAUUAUAGAAAAUCAUCAUUUUCUGAGCUAUGCCGCGAGUCAAUGGGCUACCCACUUCCGAAAGGCGCAAGUAAGAGUAGAGGACGGAAUACUUCAAUCAUGUCUUGAUAUCUGCGAUACUCAAAGCCAGCGAUACCAAAUUUGGUUCUUUAUAUACUGGACUUUGGUCCAUAGCUACGAGCUAACUCCUGAAUUCACAAGUAGUAUAAUGGUAGGGUCAUAUUUCGGGCACGAGGCUGUGGUGAAGCUGCUGCUGGCAACGGGCAAGGUCGAGGUCGACUCCAAGGACUCUGAAUACGGUC